AGGGUUUUCUUUUUUAAAUCUCUCUCUCUCUCUCUCUCUCUCUCUCUCUCAAACUUUCUCUUUUCCUUCUUCAUCGUUUCAUCUCUCUUUGCUGCGUAAAUUGAAAUAAAAGCCCAAAGCAUUUUCUAGUUUCGUUUUUAAUUUUUUUUUUCAGAAUAACCUUUCUCAGUUAUCAUUCACCGGCGAUUGUGAUUUUCAAACACCGAUUGUAAAUCUGAGUGUUUUUACUUUGAUCCUGGAUUUAUCUGAGAUUUAUUAUGAAGCGCGCAAGGAAAUCUAACAGGGUUUCGUGGGCUACUGGAGGUAACCUGUGUCAGGUAAAAUUGUUCUUGUCUGAGGAUUACCCUUCAAAAGUUGGCCAGAGAACGCAAGAUCAUCUACAGGCAAAGAUAUCAUCAGUGUUACAUUCAAGUAUCAAUGAACCUAAUGAUUUACCCCCGGGGUUUGAAAGCAGUCAUUUUCUAACCCAAUCGAAGGCUGAAUUCUCCCACAUUUCCCAGAUCAAAUGGGAACGCCCUCCACUGUUUGUCUUCAGUCCUCAUUGGCGUGUUGCAGCUGGUGAAGAAAGUAAGGAGAAAGAGGAUCAGAAGCUGAGAGAAGUGAGAGUGCUUGAAGCAGUUUACCCCCGUCUUUCUGCCAUUCCGCCUAGCCCUUCUGUCUCUUUGGAUGUAGAAGAGGAAGAAUAUGAUGAUACCAUUACUCCUCUCAUCCCUAUCAUACCCAUUGAAGAGGAAGAGUUUACGGAAUAUGAUGUGAACCCUCCCCUCAAUGUGCAGUCGCAGAACACACUGCAAUAUAUAUCAGGAACAACCCCCAUUGGUCCGGCCUCUAAUGCCCCUUGUACUGUUUCCUCGGAUGCCUGUGCAAAGCCCUUACCUGGGGUAUCCUCCGGUUUGGAAGGAGACUUUGUAGCAGCCUCAGCUGUUGUAGCAACCAUUAUGAAGAGUAAUGAGCAAGGACGCAUGAUUGACAUGGAUUUACUGGUUAAGAUAUUUAACGAUCCAGAGAUGAUUGAGAAGCUAAUUAAUGAACAUGGAACUACAGCUACUACUGUAAGUACUUCCGCAAAUACUGUGGAUAUACCCACUUCUGGUAUGAAACCUGCUAUUCCAUCAGGUCCAUUGUCUACAUCUGCACCUGAUGUGUCGGCUUCUGGGACUACAUCCACAAGCACAGUGGGUUUAUUACCCUCUGGCUUGAAGCCUGCAACUCCCUCAGUUUCAUUGUUAACUCCUACACCUGAUAAACCAGCAACUUUGUCAGCGUCUGCAAUUCCAUCAGUUUCACUGACUUCUACACAUGAUAAAACAGCAACUGCAUCAGUUCCUUUGUCAAGGCCUGUAUCUGGUAAACCAGCAUCUCCCUCAGUCUUAUUGCCUACACAUACACAUACACCUGCACUUGCACCUGCACCUCAUAUGCACAGGCCUGUCAACCAAAGUAUUCACCAUAUGUCAAGUGGAAUGUCCCCUGCUUCAAAUGCUCGUUCUCAGAAAGAUACAGUUCUGGCAUCUGGGCAAAAGCGAGCUGCAUCAUUGGCGUCCAUAUCUUCUAGUGAAUUAAGCUCUGUCCCAUUGCCACCUGCUACUGGUAACUUGCAUGCUGUGAAUCAGGCAAAAUCCACUGCUAGUGCAAUGCCUUAUAAACUUAGUACAGGUUCAGCAUUUGCUGUUAAGGAUGCCAACUAUUAUAAAAACCUCAUCAGGCAACACGGUGCGGAUAAGCAAGAUAUGCAGGACUCACACUUAGGUAACCGACAUAGUAACUUCCAAGAUAUGAAACUGGUACAUAACAUUAAACACGGAGAAGUGAAACACAAAAUCCAGAAACCAUGCAUGUACUUUAAAAGCUCAAGGGGGUGCCGCAAUGGUUCCAAUUGCCCUUUUCAGCAUGAUGUUUCAGUUCAGUGGGGAGCUGGUAACGUCCUAGGGGCACAGAAUGCAAAAAGAUUGAAAUUGGGACCAGAAAUUUAGGGGAGAAUUAAAUCAUAAAGAGGCAUAUUCUAAUGGAAUUGGUGGGUGAAUUAGAAGUGGUUGUCUCUACACUAUUGAAAUAUUAAGAAGAGAUAUUGAAAAAGAAACAACUCGCAAUGACGACAAAGAAGAAAAAGUGAAAGAAAAUUUGGUUGAUUCGAGAAGCAAACACUAGUAAAAUGAAAAAUGAAGGAGUGAGGAAGCAUAUUGGUGAUGACGAAGCUCCUGAAUUCAUGAAGCUUAUCAGACAAAGCGAAUAUCUGAUUAUGGACAAAUUGAAUAGAGUUCCUACUAAGAUUUCACUUUUAUCUCUCCUAAUGAAUUCUGAACCUCAUAAAAAGGCCUUGUUGCAUAUUCUAAAUGACGCUUAUGUUGUUCAUGACAUCUUUAUGGACAAACUUGAAGGGAUAGUUAGCAACAUUUUCUUGG